GUGGCGGGUUGCCUGAUGACCCCUCCACCUUUUCGCAUCAGCACAUCUUCCCCCGCAUCUCGAAGCCACAUGGCCUAUCAACGACCCCGAAACCGACGGAAAUCGCAAGAAAGUACAAGCCUGUCAGAAACCGGUGCCUCCGCACUCGUUUCGGAUGUACCGAAACCAAGAAAACGAGGCCGGAAACCCAAAGUCGAACCUAAAGAGCCUGCAAAGGCACGUCGAAAGCAAAAGGGGGAGAGCAAUGACGACGAGGAUCUUCCUAGGGACCCCCGACGACGGCGCAUCCUCGAACGCAACUGCGUUCUCAUGCAGAAAUACAUUGCAAACGAAGCGAGAAAGUCCGUCGAUGGCCUCUUAUCUUGCUCUUCGGCCUUUCAACUCUCUGGCGGACUCACACCUCCACACCACAGGGGCUCAAGCGGCAGCAGAACAAGUGGAACAGAUUCCUUGAGCAUCCAAACGCCUGAGAUGGAAAGUGCCCCGCCAACAUGGACCGACCCUUUUCAGCAAGGCUCAAGGUCGUCGGAAGUCGGAGAUGAUUUGUUUGAUAUGGUAUUAGAGCCGUUCCAAAAAGAACCACUCCCGGCGCCAAGCCAAUCUAUUUCAAAUGUGCCCUCCCUGUCCAGAUGCGACCAGGGUGUUUUUGGUAGCUCAGGGCCACAGCCCCAGCCGGUGGUUGGAAUGGUUUGGGAAUCGCAAUGGGGGUUUCACUGAUGUCGGCAGUAGUGCUGCCGUUUCAUGCCCAACGAGUGACGGGAGUAUACGAACUGAAUGGAACAAAUACAGUUCAAGUUGCCUUUCCUGGUCCUCAUGGAAGGCCACAUAAUAGCCCAGAGAUGUCUUGUCGGGGCUAGGGGGGAUUGGCUAAGUGGGGUAUCGAAGAUUCCACUGAAUGUACGGAGGGCUCUUUCAAAAGUCAU